AGUGAAUGUUGUUACAGGGAACAUAUAUCUUUCAGGAUUUCAAUAUAACAAGAGCACCUAGGCUGCCUGCUCAGAACCUUCCUCUGUGUGUAUUUCUACAUAUACUGUAGGCUCUUUGUUGUCUGUCCUUGUAGGGCAGCCAAUAGAAUUCCUUUCUUUAAGAAACAAAACUGAAAAGAAGGUAGAACAGUUGAAGCAGCCAAACCUGUCGGCUCCCCCUGCGACCAGGGCCAAGCACUUCCACCCCCCCGGCCGGACACACCGCUCGUCUUGGAAAAAUGUCUUAAUUUGGGAAAGCGGAUUGCUGAAUGUAAAGAAUUCCCAUCAGCGCUGGAUGAGCUCAAGACAUCCUUUGUGCUUCGUGGCUUGUGAUAGGCUGUUGGGGAAGCGGGAUAAAGAAAGCCAAUAGCAUGGAGUGCGGUAAGAAGACCUUUGCGAAGAGCAUCUUGCUCAUUUGUGGAGUCAUGGCGUUCUACUCAUUUUUUAGAAAUGGCUGGAGUCUGCAAGUAUGGAAUCCUAAAUAUGUCAUAUACUGCGGCACGAAAAGCCUCAACACCAUUGCUAACAUUUCUAUCAGUCGCUUAAGUGUGGAUCAAUUGGCCGAAGUAAAACUUCAGAGGAUGUUGUAUCCUAAGCCUGAGACUCUCAACCCUCCGCGAACUGAUGUGCUGACGAUAACACCUUGGUUUGCCCCGAUUGUUUGGAACGGCAUGUACAACAGCGAUAUAUUGAACGCUCAUUUCCUUCAGAGGGGUGUCCGUAUUGGCCUUACAGUGUUUGCCAUUAAAAAAUACACAGUGUUUGUAAAAACCUUUAUUGAAACUGCUGAGAAGUUCUUCAUGGUGGGACACAGAGUCAACUACUACGUGUACACAGAUCGUCCCAGUGAUAUUCCUAAUAUAACUCUUGCCGAAGGGAGGCGGUUGGUCAUUCUGAACGUCCCGAGUUACCAAAGAUGGCAGGAGGUCUCCAUGAGACGAAUGGAGAUGAUUCGGGACUUGAGCCAUCAACGGUUCAACAAAGAGGUGGACUACUUGGUCUGUGUCGAUGUAGAUAUGCAAUUUAGUGAUGAAGUUGGAGUGGAAAUACUAAGUGAUGUUUUUGGCACGUUACAUCCUGGCUUCUACGGAUCUGAUCGCCAAAGUUUUACCUAUGAGCGUCGGCCAGAGUCCCAGGCCUUUAUACCUGCCGACGAGGGGGACUUUUAUUAUGCAGGAGGAUUUUUUGGAGGCACCGUUGAGGAGGUCUACAAACUGACCGACUUCUGCCAUUAUGCCAUGAUGACGGACAAAGAACACAACAUAGAAGCAAUUUGGCACGAUGAGAGUUAUCUCAACAAAUAUUUCCUGUAUCAUAAGCCAACCAAAAUUCUUUCCAUCGAGUAUCUGUGGGACAACAGUUUCGGAGUCCCCGAUCUCCUAAAAAGGAGGAGAUUUGUCGCCGUUCCAAAAAACCACGAGGCCAUCCGUAACUAAUGCCUGCUGUGAACAAAGUUAUUAUUAUAUAUUAUUAAAGAAAAAUAUUUUUUUAUCAUUUCUCAAGGAGUUUACGGUACCCGUUUUGCUUCAUUACAAAUAGUUCCAUGAACUAUUAUAAUGUUAUACCCUGGAUUUAUCAGACCCGAAUGAUCAAUUCCUCCAGCAUUAUGGUCCAUAUAUUCUCAAACAUGUCAUGCCUCGCCGCACCACAAUACUGUAUUUCACUGUUAAACUGAAUCAGUAAAGGCCAGACAAUCCCACAACCGUCAUAGAAACCUUAUGGUAAGGCUCAACCACACACCCACCAUUGUGGAAAAUGUCAAAACACACCCGUGUACGAGUAGCAUUUCAUACAACGUAAAGUACUUUUUAUACACUCUGCCGACUUACCAGUCAUUCAGCUUGUCAGAGAAAUGAAAUGCACAGGGGACAAGAAGAAUACAUGGCAACACGUACACAUUAUACGUUGAUGAAAGCUAAUGGGCUGGUUGGUUUAUUUAUGAUUUUCACUCAUACUACAGUUGUCAGCGGAGCUUUUCCGAAGAAUAAUCUUCCGACCUGUUUUUGUUCUGAGAUUGUGAGGUUAUAUGUUGAAACAUGCACGUUGUGUAGGCAAGUAUGCGCACACCCCAGGCAAUGCAGUAAUGACUAUUCCCAAUAAUGACUAUUUAGUGGCGAGGCAUUUGCUGCAGGCAGUGUGUAAUCCAGGUUUAGAGAGAACAAUGGCAGACAUCAAACUGGAAGGUCAAUUUCGUACCAAUGUCGGCUUAAGAUGAUGUACAGUCACACCCCUUUUUGACAGUAUAAGCCACUCUCUAUGUGAAUACAUAUAAACAACAUGACCAGGGUCGGAACUAGGGGUAGGCAGAAGAGGCCCGUGUGUGGGUGUGGGUGUGGGUGUGCAAGGCAUGUACUUAUUCUUAUGCCUUUCACCCCCCCUCCCACCGUGGACCACCGGCGGCACCAUCCUGGCUCAUUCACGCACACUCACACACAGGGGCUGGAACUAGGGGUUGGCAGAAGAGGCACGUGCCUGGGGCAAUUGUGUGGGUGCAUUAGGCACGUACCUCUUCUGUUGCCUUCCUCUAGUUCUGGGCCCUUUUCCCCCCCAUUUCACCCCCAAAGAGGUCCUGACCCACAGGUUGAGAACCGCUGCCCUAGGGACCUCCGCUGCACCCCCUAAUCCCCCACGUCCUCCCCUGAGCACGCUUAAGUUUAACGCGCCAGGGGAGGAACACAGUUGGCCUGGGUCGGGUCUGUUUGCAUAUACAAAUUUGGAUUUGGUUCUGUAUUUGGCUGAAUCUUUCAUGAAGGGUUUGGGGUUCAGACAAAUCCCAAAAUAGUGGAUUCAGUGCAUCCAUACUAAAACCAUGAUCAUUUAUGAAAAUAGAAAAUAGAAAAAAAAAAAAAGGACAAAUGAAAAAACUUGGAAAAAAAUUGUCACAUAAUUAGAAGCAUAAAAACCCACCGAAAACCACUAAAACCGUGAUUCAUGAAAAACGACACCUACCAUUGACUUCUACAUGACCUCGAGAUUUAUCGAAGUUUUGGCGCAAAACAAAUGGCGAAAAAAACGUUUUUUUUUCAGCAUGAAAAAAAAUUAACGUUAAUAAACGCCCCUGAUAGCGGCAGAUUCAUCAAAGAAUUAGAUAAGAGCUCACCACCGGUUAUUGGGAUUGCCUAUCCUUGGUUGCUUGGAGGUAGGAUGAAGGAGCUUCAGGUGCGAGGUAGUCCUUUCCCAUAAUACUUGAUCUGGCUCUGAAGUCUUUGAGGUGAUAUCAGAGAGGAAUAGGAGGAAAAAGAACAUUUAUACUUUGUUCAGUUCCAAGGAAACCCACUUUUUGGAAGCCCUAAAAGCCUAUAUUCUUCAUCACCUUGUACUGAACGAUUGUGCUGGGGGGGGGGGGUGUAAUGGAAGAAAGCCUGAGGUCUCCAAAUAGCAAAUUGUGUGACAAUUCCUGGUUCUCCUUCCAGGAAAAGUUGUUUAUUAGGGAUAAUCUGAAGGAUAAUAGGAUAUGUAGAAUGUCCUUUGGGCACUGAAUAGAGAAAUCUGAGAGAGGUCCUAGCAGAGGACCUCUAGUGUGGCUCCUCAGAAGUAUUGGGGCGUCCAAGGUGUUGACCUUGGCAGGGUUGCAACCUCAGUGUAUGUUGGCUUUAUGUUACCUGGAGGGCACCAUUUACCUUUAGGUCCCGUUCUAGGGAAUCUCUCCUGCUUUCUACUGCAGAAGAACAUAGAGUGAGAUGUCUAUGGAAGAACCCUUAGGGUAUACACUGCAGACAUCCCAUAAUGAGCCUCCUACCCAUAGGAUCCAGACCUGUAUGAUCUGAGUGUGUCAAAUACAUUGCUAUUGUGCGUCUACAACCCGGCCACCAUUUUGCUUCCCACCAGUGGUGGACAUAUACAGCAUAGGGUCAUUUGCCCUUGACUAAAGAUUAGAUAUAUGUGUGCAGGGCACCUAUAGAAUCCACCUAUCUAUUAAUAUUACACUAAAGAUAAAGUGGCACUUGCUAAGUAAAGAAAGGAGAUCCCUAACCCAUACAGCUUGCAAUCUAUAAGGCUUGUUUGUAUUUACUGGUCCUUAUUAAGCUGUGAGCGGGAAAGUAGAGAGCUCUAGAACAAAGACUGAAAUGUAAUAUUCAUGAACAGAUGAAACUUGAGCCUCUAACGACAGAGCCUUAUUAAAGCUUGAAGGCAUUGAAUUGAAAA